AUGAAUAUCAAUGAAUCAUUUUUUAGGAAAAGAUGUUUUCAUGGAAAAUGGAAACUCAGUACUCCAAUAGAAAUUAAUAAUAAUGCGCUUGACGGAUCUACAUCGAGUAACGAAUUACAAUCUAUACAGCACCUUUCAAGCUGUUCUCCGAAAUCUCUAAACCAUUUAUUUACUCCAAAAGAUACAUCAAAUAACCUUUUAAAUCAAAUUAGAGAUCUUAAUUAUGCUCCAUGUAGGCAAGGAAUGGAAUGGAUAGAUGGAAGACCUACCAUCAAACACAAUUAUGUGAAAAAAUAA